CGUUCCCUUGGAAGCCUGCGUAUCCGCGGGAGCCGCCGGAAAUCGUAGUCCGGCGCGCGGAGGCUGCCGGGAGCUGCAGUCUGUCCCGUCUGCCCAGUCAGCGCCGUGCUGCCCGCCCGGUGCUCGGAGUCCGGAGCCGCCGCCCAGGGGGAUGCCGAGGCCCCUGACCCAGGGGAGCAGAGAGGCAGGCAGGGAGCCGAGGACGGCAUGUCCCAGGCCUCGGCAGCUCGGGAGAGCCCACCGUCUGUGUACCACGAGCGACAGCGACUGGAACUGUGUGCCGUCCACGCGCUCAACAACGUUCUGCAGCAGCGCCUCUUCAGCCAGGAGGCUGCGGAUGAGAUCUGCAAGAGGUUGGCACCAGACUCCCGGCUGAACCCCCAUCGCAGCCUCCUGGGCACUGGCAACUAUGACGUCAAUGUGAUUAUGGCCGCUCUGCAGGGGCUGGGCCUGGCUGCUGUGUGGUGGGACAGACGGAGGCCCCUGUCCCAGCUGGCCCUGCCCCAAGUGCUGGGGCUGAUCCUGAACCUGCCCUCUCCUGUGUCUCUGGGACUGCUGUCCCUGCCACUGCGCCGGCGACACUGGGUGGCUCUGCGCCAGGUGGACGGUGUCUACUACAAUCUGGACUCCAAGUUGCGGGCACCCGAGGCCCUCGGGGACGAGGAUGGCGUCAGGGCAUUCCUGGCGGCCGCUCUGGCUCAGGGCCUGUGUGAGGUGCUGCUGGUGGUAACCAAAGAGGUGGAGGAGAAGGGCUGCUGGCUGCAGACAGAGUGA